AUGUUUCCCUUUAACCUCGCCGUUUCAUUUCAGGAUCGAAAAUAUUGUUGCUUCACGCUGAAGUCGCUAAUCUAUCCGCACUACAUUAAAUACUUCCUGUCGCGAGGCGAACUCAGGGAACUAUUUGAAUUUUCAGAUGGCAUUGACCUAACAAAGGUGCGAACUAACUGGCAUAUUGAAUCUGCAUCGAUACAUGUGGAACAAGACGAGGAUGACAGGAAAGCACAAGUGCUGGAAAUAUGUUUGGCAGUUCAACGAAAGUCAAUGACCUUACGAAUCGAAUUGACAAUCCCCAUGGUCGUAUCAUCACUAUUGGUUGUCAUAGCACCAUUCUUUGGCACUUUGAAAGAUCAGAUCAACGUCAAGUUAUUUGCCAUACUCAUUCAACUGCUCAGCUUCACAAAUUUGGCUUCAAAAACUCCACAAGUUGGCUUCGGAAACACAAUUCCGAAUAUAUAUCUGUUCUACGUGUUCACACUUGCAACCACAGUGAUUAGUCUAUUGAUAACGUUGAUUAUCAGUGCGAUGUCGCGUAUUCAUCGCAAACUGCCUCCAGCGCAUCGCUAUACCCUUCUCGCAUCGGUGCUUAACACGAAUCUAUGCUGUGGAAAUGAAGUUGGUACGGUGAUCGCAACCGAUGGAACGUCAACGAAGGACAAUCAGAAUGAUUGGUUGCAGAUUCAUAUUGCGAUUAAUAAUCUGAUAUCGUUCAUCAUUAUGGUGGCGUAUUGUUUUGGAAUUGUUAUCAUUUUAUGUCAAUAG